GGCAACACUCCGAUCCCAGCGUGAGCAACAGCACUGCUAAAGAGGAGCUGAACUGUUAACACCGAAGAAGUCAAAGAUCCUGUACAGCACUCAAGGGGUAACCAAGAUGUGGAGGACAGGAAAAGCUGCCACUGGACAAGGCAUUGAUGGACCUCCGGCCAAGAAAGUGAUGAUAAGAAAAAGAUCCACAGUGCCUGGAGUAAUGAUUAAUCAGUACGUGGAGAAGUUACCCGAAGGAAAGACCACUCCAGACUUCAUUCGCAAACCCACAGCAAUGACUGUCAACGAAGGAAAAGUGGCUGUAUUCAGAGCAGCUGUGACUGGGAAUCCGGCCCCGACAGUCACAUGGGGAAGGAGCAAAGGCAACGUCACAGAUCCAGAAAAGUACCAAAAGAAGUACGAUGACACUAAUGAGGAAUAUGUGCUGGAGAUUCCCAAUGUGUCUGUAGACCAAGCAGACGUCUACAAAUGUUUUGCUACUAAUGAGUUCGGAAAGGCCAUCUGUACUGCUGCCAUGAAGGUCAUUGCAGGUCAAGGAAAAGAGAUGGAUUUCAGAAAAAUGCUCAAGAGAACGAAUGUGGAAAAGAAAAAGCCUCCCGCCAAGAAGGAAGGUGACAUCGAUCCGCAGUUCUGGGAAGUCCUGCUGUCGGCGGACAGGAAGAACUACGAGCGCAUCUGUGCAGAGUACGGCUACACAGACUUCCGAUUCAUCCUGAAGAAAAUCAGUCAAAUGAAAAAAGAGAGGGAAGAGGAGCAAGCAAAGUAUGUGAAGAGCAUCAGCAAUCCGAAACCUAUUGAAGUUAAGGGAGAUGGUACAGCCAAGUUUGAGUUUGAUAUGGAACUCAAGGACCCCAACAGUAAUCUUUUUCUCUUCAAGGAUGGAGAAAUACUCAACUAUGGCAGAGACAAUGAUGACAGUGACAAUUAUAUGAAGUACAAUUUGAAACAAUCAGGGAAAAACUAUAUGUUCAGCAUAAAAGACAUCGUGCCAGAGGAUGCAGGCUUGUAUCAAGUGGAUGUUGAGGACACUAAUGUCUUUUCAACAGAACUGAAGAUUCCUUCAGGCGAGUUUCUUGUCAACAUUAAGGAGGUGAAAGCAGAGGAAGGACAGGACGCCAUUUUUGAAUGUGUCUUAUCCAACCCUUUGCCUUCAAUUACUUGGAUGGGUGGUGACGCACGCCUGGACUCUGGGGGAAAAUAUCAUAUCUCUGUGUCUGAAGAUCAGCUGAUCCACAGAUUAGUGGUGAAAGGCUGCGAGCCAGGAGAUAAGGGUGUCUACAAAGCCAUUGCUGACAGUCAAUCAAGUAGCGCCUCACUCAUAGUCCAAGGAGGGAGUACAACUCAAGGUGGAAGCUCUGGUCUGGACAAAACAACCCAGGAUCAGCAAGCUAAACUACAGAAGGAAAGAGGCAAGAUGGAGGAUGAAAAAGGAGCAAGACAGAAGAAUGCAUCAGCAUCUGGGGGAGCUGAUGGUGGGAUUGCUGGAGAUGGGAUGGGAGACAGCAGUGCCGGACUCGGCUCUGGGUCAGCAUCUGCAAUGGGUGAUGGUUCGGGAGAAGAUGGCAAGGGACUGGGAGGUAUGAGAAGUAGGGGAAAUGGGUCAGGAGGUGAUGAUAGAGGACUUUCUGGCAGAGUGACUGAUGGUACAGAUACUGGUUUGGCAGGUCUUAGUGGGUCAGGGGAUGGUGGGAGACGACUUGAUGAUGAAGGCCUUAGUGGAACAAGGCUUGAUGAUGAUGGCCUUGGUGGAGCAGGAGAUGGAGGUGCAGGUCUUGGAGGAGAUGCCUCUGCUGUUGAUGGGUCUGGGGAAGAUGGACCCGAUGGUCAGGGCAUGCAGCGCGUCAGAGCGGGACUGGCAGUUCCUGAAACACACAAAGAUCCUGGAGUUUACUUCAGCAGUGGGCUGUCUGAUGUCCAUGCCAUCAUCGGAGAGGCUGCAGAGAUGUUCUGCAAGCUGAGCAGUGGUAGAUCUGAUGGAGUCUGGUAUAAAGAUGGUAAAAAACUGAAAUCCACAGACAGAGUAAAGCUUACCAAAGAUGGGGUCAUCCACAAGCUAUGCAUCAAGAAUUGCCAGGAAGCCGACUCAGGAAAAUACCGCUUUGAAGCAGAUGGACGUAAAACAGAAGCCAUGCUUAAUGUACAAGAUCCUCCCAGGUUCAGCUCUGAUGACCUGAGUCAGUUCUCUGAGCCUGUAAUCGUGAGAGCCGGGGAAACCGCAACAUUCAAGAUGCCCUUUGUGGGUCGGGAGCCAAUGAAGGUGCAGUGGUAUAAAGAAGGAGAGGAGCUACUGGACGACAGAAAUGUCACUGUGGAGAAGGCCGCCAAUCAGAGCCGCGUGCUCCUUAGAAAGUGUCAACGUAAAGACUCUGGAGAAAUCAAGGUCAAGAUCAGGAACGAGUUUGGAACCACUGAAGCCAUUUCCAAGCUCAAAGUUCUGGACAAACCCACCCCGCCUCAAGGCCCGGUUGAUGUGGUUGAAAGUACAUCGAAUUGUAUUCAUUUCAAGUGGAGGCCCCCAAAGGACGAUGGUGGCAGUCCGCUGACAACUUACAUCCUAGAACGUCAGCAAGUGGGACGCAACACCUGGAAGAAGCUGGGGGAGAUCCCUGGGGGAGAUGCCACCUACCGGGAUGCCGAUGUAGACCUUGGAAGAAAAUACUGUUACCGCAUUUGGGCCAAGUCAGCAGAAGGUGUCAGUGAGAUGAUGGAGAGCGAUGACAUCAUGGCUGGUGCAAAGGCAUUCCCAAAUGCACCAGCUGCUCCUAAGGUAGUGAGCGCGUUCAAGAACUGCAUCACUCUGCAAUGGCUGGCUCCUACCAACACUGGAGGAACCAGAAUCUCAGGUUACCACCUGGAGAAACGCAAGAAGGGGAGUAACCUGUGGACACCGGUCAAUCCCGUGGAUGAACCUAUUCAAGAAAAAAGGUACGCAGUGACAGAAGUUGUGGCCGGAACAGAGUACGAGUUCCGCGUCAUGGCGGUAAACAUUUCAGGAUUCGGUGAGCCCAGUGCCCCGUCGGAAUCUGUGAUGGCCAGAGACCCAAAGAAGUUGCCUGGGAAGGUUAUGGGCCUGAAGGUAACUGACACCACAUACAAUAGCUUGUCCCUUGCUUGGAAUAAACCAAAAGUGGACAGUGGGGUGCAAGAUGAGGCCAAGGGCUACUUUGUGGAGAUCAGGCCUGCCGACAGCACAGAGUGGGUUCGCUGUAACAUCAAUCUCAUCACCACAACAUUCUUCACUGUGAUUGGCCUGAGGUCCAUGGCCAUGUACUGGGUGAGGGUGAUUGCCACCAAUGAGGGAGGGGAGGGCGAGCCCCAGCAACUGGAUAACUAUAUCCUUGCCAUGCCCCCACCUGUGAGACCAACAUUUAAGAACAUAAAAGGCACUAAGUUGAUGUUAGUUAGGGCAGGCAAUUCUGCCCGGGUCAACAUCAACUAUGAGGCCUCCCCUUUGCCCGAAGUAACUUGGCAGAAGGAUGGCUUGCCCAUUCCCAAACGGGUGACGGUGACCAACGCAGAGGGGGCGUCCCAGCUCCUCAUUCCCUCCUCAGAACGCUCCGACACUGGAGUGUACGCCAUCUUAGUCAAGAAUCUGGUCGGCCAGGAAACCCUUAGCAUAGAGAUCAGAGUUACAGAUGAUCCUAAAUCGCCUGGACUGAUGCAUCUGGAGGAGAACGUUCCCGGCACAGUGACCGUGUCCUGGGCACCAUCUCCAGAUGAGAACCUCGAUGACCGCCUAUACUACACGGUGUCCAAACAUGACUCCGUCAAGCGAAGAUGGCAGACUGUGGCUCACCGGCUCUUCAACAACAAGUUCACUGUGGUAAACAUCAUGGCCGGACGCGAGUACCGAUUCCGCGUGUAUGCCAACAACGACAUGGGGGUCUCUGAACCAUCUGAGUCACCCACCUGGGCUACCGAGAAAAAGAAAGAUAAGUUUGUGUGGAACGUGCCCAAAUCAAAGAGCUGUAACUUCCAGACGCCACCCAAGUUCCUGGUUCCGCUGAAGAUGCACUCGGCCCCUGAAGGCUACGAGUGCUACAUGAGCUGCGCGGUGACGGGAAAUCCGGCACCUCGGAUUACCUGGUACCAUGACAGCGUGAGCCUGUCAACCGACCCUGACUACCACAUCACCAACACCUGCGGCGUCUGCUCCCUGCUGAUCCUCAGGGUCGGCCCUAAGAGCAGCGGGGAGUACAAGGUCAUGGCGGAGAACAGGCUCGGUCGGGCCGAGAGCUCCACCACGCUCACCGUGAGAGAAAGACUGUGAUCAAGAUGACGGGAUUCAUCAGUUAGCUUCAUAUAUGAAAUUUGAUUUCUGAAAAUUCUGAAAAUCUGAAUGGUCUGAAAGUUCUUUUUGCCACAGUUGAUCUACUUUUUAUUGGUAGAACAGAGAAUUAGUAAAAUGUGCUUUGUAGUUAAUCAGAAUAAUUGUUCAGUAGGGAUACAAAGAGAAAAGGAAAAAUGUCAGUAUUGGAGGAGCUGGAAAUCAUUGAUCCUUUAAAAUAUGGGAAUUAGGGAAUAACACUGGGAAUUUCGGAAUUCCACCAAUCCAUAAAUAACAUAUGCAAUAAAACCUUGCUGGGUGUGCAUGCGAAUGGGGGGGGGGGGGUUUCUAGCACUACAUCAUUUGUCAGAAUAUAUAACUUCCCCCACUAUUGUAUAAGUGCUUAUAUUUUGCCAGUAAGUAUAUCUUUUGUUUUAAAUUUAUUGCACAUAAGGGUGGUCUUUGCUAUAAGCUAUGUGUAAUAUUUCAAUAAAUUACUAGUAGUUUUUAGCAGAAAUCUAAAUGUACUAUGCAGUGUUACUCAAUAAAAGAUUUUUAAGCCAUGGCUGA